AUGGAAACGAUCAAGUGUGUUCUUGUGGGAGAUCCCUCGGUAGGAAAGAGCUGGCUGAUAAGCACCUACAUAACGGGUAAGAACCCGGAGGGCUACAUUCCAACACUUUUCAACAACCAUAGCAAGGUUGUUAACGUAGGAGAUAAAAAAUACAAUAUGACUCUAUGGGACACAGCCGGAAGCGAAGAGUAUAAUAAAUUAAGAAGCUUAUCGUUUCAGGAAACAGAUGUUUUUCUGAUAUGUUAUGCUGUUAACAACAUUCUUUCAUUUCAUAACUCCAAGAGAUGGAUAGACGAGCUCGCGGAAUACAAUGUCCCUAUGAUUUUAUGCGGCACUAAAUGUGACAUAAUCGAUGGGAACAUUGUAGAUAAAGAAUUACCCACAAAGCUAAGCAAAGAAUACGGAUUGUAUGGGUUCGUGGAAUGUUCUUCAGUAGAGCUUAUAAAUGUAAAAAAGGUUUUCGAUGUAGCUCUUGAGGCGGCAUUAAAGCCCAAGAAGAGCAAGUUUAGAUCGAUAUGGUUUUGCUGCAAAUGUGGAUAG